AUGCUGGAGAGAAACUCCACAAGUGUAGAGAAUGUGGCAGGGCCUUUAGUAAGCACUCAAAACUUAGUGAACACCCCCGAAUUCACACUGGUGAGAAGCCCUGACCGUGUAACAAAUGUGGCCGAGGCUUUAGACUGUGCUCAAACCUUACUGGACAUCACACAGUUCACACCAGAGAGAGACACUGCCGAUGUAAACAAUGUGACAAAACCUUUGAUGGACCCUUCAGACUUACUCAACACAGAGAGCUCAUGCUGGGAAGAAGCCCUGCAGGUGUGGGCAGUGAGGCAAAGCCUUCAGUCAGAGUUCCAGAGAGGGCACGCUGGUGACGGACUGUCCAGAUGUGAACAAUAUGACAAAGCCUUUGGUCAGAUCUCCACAUUUAUUCAACACCAAAGAAUUCAUAAGGGUGAAAAACCCUACACAUGUGAAGAAUGUGAUGAAUCCUUUGAUCAAAGCUCCAGACUAAUCCAGCAGCAGAGAAUUCACACUAGAAAGAACCUCAACAAGUGUGGCUCAGCCCUUAGUCAGUACUCAGACCCUUCUUGA